AUGAGGAAAAUAUUCGGAAUACAACUGUUGUUGGCCAUGAUAGUCAUUGCUCGAGGAUACAGGAAAUUUGGUCUUAACUGUGAGGAUAUAGCCUGUAUAGCUGGUCAAAAAUGCAUUGUAUCCAGAGUUCCCUGCGAAAGUCCAGAUCAACGAGAGGGCGAGCAAUGUGGAACUUAUGCGGAGUGCAAAACAGAUCAGCUGGCCAGCGAUUUCUCCAUCGACACCACACUGACCAUCGCCAACACCCGCAGUAGCAUCAUCAUACCCAGCACUCACACGAAUCGCAAUGGGACUAGUUAUAGGGAUAAUGACUUUGAGCUGCUGACCGACCUCGGCAAUUCCGAUAAAUUCGCCACGCAUUCGGGGCAACGGCAGGCGAAUGUUUUGGUUAUUGUUCAGGAUGGCUCUCAACAGCCGCAGCAACCGAAUCCUUGGCCAAAUCGGCCACAAAGUCCUCCCUGUGCCGUCAGCCCUCUGUACCCAUAUUCCUGCAAUUAUCCGGGCUAUACUCCCAAUUCUGGAGCGGGAUUACCCUCUUAUCCGCAGGCGCGAUCUAGGAAUGGGCCACAAUUGGUUCCGCCCACUCCGCCCUGCUAUUACAACUGCUAUCCCAGGGUGAGCUCAAGUCCGUACGGUCAAUAUGGAUAUCCCCUGGCUAGAUCAGCAAAUCCCUCAUCGACCAAUAAUUACCUAAUAUACCUUACAUUAGCUGGCUAA